UGCUUUAUAAACAAAAUAGUUGAUGGAUUCUUUGCUGAUUUCUUUAAGCUUGUUAAGAGUUUAGUUUCAAAGUCUGUUUAAUUCUUAGUUCAGUUUGACUUUUUAUUAUCUUUCUAUGAAAGGAGAUAAUUAUUAUCGACUGUAAUUAUAACAACCCUUGCCAUGAAGAUACAACAGCGACAUGUUGACCAGCUUGGAUUGAAGUGCAAGGAAAAAAGCUGACUUGUUUGUUUCAACAUUGAAGGAUCAUCUCAAAACUCUCCUCAGAUUAUUGUUGUUUGGACACUUGUUUUUUUAUAAUGGAUCCAAGUUUGAUUAUAUUUUUAAUUUUGACAUCUUUGGUUAUUGUCAUCACUUUAAUAAUUUUGUUUAUUAUAAGCCUUGACUCUGACCUGACUCUCUACUUUGCUGAAAAAUUUGGCAAAUCCAUUAGUGGUUUGAAAGGAAAAGUGGUUUGGAUUACAGGAGCAUCCAGUGGUAUUGGUGAAUCUCUUACUUAUUUGCUGGCUAAAAACGGCUGCAAGCUUAUUAUCUCUGCUACCACUAAAGAUCGAUUGGAUAAUGUCCGGCUUAAUUGUAUUUCUGAAGGUGUACCUGAGAAGGAUAUUUUGGCUUUGGUCUUUGAUAUGAAAGAUUUUAAAGUUCAUUCUGAGAUGGUCGAAAAGGCGAUAAAAACAUUUGGAAGAAUAGAUGUGUUGGUCAAUAAUGCGGGCAGAUCACAAAGGGCUUCCUUCAAUGAGAUUGAUGUGUCCGUCGAUGAAGAAUUGUACAAAAUCAAUACUCUAGGGCCAGUUAACUUAACUAGAUUGGUUUUAAAACAUUGGGAACAAACAGAUAGCGCGGGAGCGAUUGCUGUAGUAACUAGUGUUGCUGGUAAACUUGGGGCGCCAUUUUCAGCAUCGUAUACUGCAAGUAAACACGCACUUCAUGGUUAUUUUGAAUGCUUACGAGUUGAAUCUUUUCGUAAAAAUAUUAAAAUCACAAUGUGCUGUCCAGGUCCAGUUGAAUCGAGAGUUCUGGAAAAUGCUUAUACUGGACAAAUUGGUGAAACUGUUGGACGGAAACAUCCAGAGGAAAUGAAAAGAAUGUCAUCUGAUAGAUGUGCAAAGUUGAUUGCUGUUUCAAUAGUUAAUGAAUUAGAUGAAGCUUGGAUGUCUAUUCAGCCACCUUUGCUAUUUCUAUACUUCAACCAAUAUGCUCCGAGUGUCUUCAAAUUUAUCAGCUCCAUCUUCUUUGAUCCUAAAGUUGCUCAUAAAAUAAGAGACGGUUAAUUGUAAAUUGAACUACUUAAAAUAGCAAAAAUAUAAUAGAAGUAUUCAAGGAAUGGUAGAAAUAUGAGCACAAACUUAUUGCAAAUUAGUAAUGGAUAAAAUUUUAGCAAAACUAUUUUCAUGCUAUUCAAGUGCAAUAUGCAUUAAAAUUUUAUAAAUUUCACACUCUGGAUAAUUUCCACUAUUACAAAAUAAAGUCUUACACUGAAAACUAAAAAGUAUUUCAGAUCACAAAGUUA